CCUCUUUUCCCGUAACUUCAAAGUUCAAACCAAACCACCCAGCCGGCGUCUAUCCUUUCAACAUUCUGGUCAUUGGGCGGUUAUUCUGUCUAACUAUCUGGGAAAUUGAUGGGUAUAAACUCUAACAGAGUUGAACACUGUUCAGACCACCAUGCAUGCCAUGAUGAACAUGAAACCGCUGUAACAAUUUCAUCCACAGAUGUAAAUGUAAUGCCUUCCCUGGAAGUCCACAGAGUUUGCUUACCACCCCACAAAACCACUCUUGAGAAACUUGUGCAUAAGCUUUCUGAGGCAUUUUUCCCUGAUGAUCCACUUCAUAAGUUCAAGAACCAAACUUGGUUUAACAAGUUGGUUUUGGGGCUUCAAUUCUUCUUCCCCAUUUUCCAGUGGGCUCCUAAUUACAACUUCAGGCUUUUGAGGUCUGAUUUCAUCUCUGGACUCACUAUUGCAAGCCUGGCAAUCCCACAGGGAAUUAGUUAUGCCAAGCUUGCCAAUUUGCCUCCAAUAAUAGGCCUUUAUUCAAGCUUUGUGCCACCUUUGAUAUAUUCUGUUCUAGGGAGUUCUAGGCAUCUGGCAGUUGGCCCUGUCUCAAUAGCUUCUCUUGUUAUGGGCACGAUGCUAAACGAGGCCGUUUCUUAUACGGAUGAACCAACACUUUAUCUUCAGUUGGCUUUCACUGCAACCUUUUUUGCCGGAUUAUUUCAAGCUUCUUUGGGGCUGUUAAGGUUAGGACUUAUCAUAGAUUUCCUCUCAAAGGCAACGCUUGUUGGAUUCAUGGCUGGUGCAGCAGUCAUUGUGUCUUUGCAACAAUUGAAGGGGCUUCUGGGGAUAGUCCAUUUCACCAGCAAGAUGCAGAUAGUUCCUGUAUUAGCAUCUGUAGUCCAGCACAAACACGAGUGGUCUUGGCAAACGAUAGUAUUGGGCGUCAGCUUCCUUAUCCUCUUGUUGACCACAAGGAACAUUAGCUUGAGAAAACCAAAACUUUUCUGGAUUUCUGCAGCAUGCCCAUUAGCUUCAGUUAUUCUUUCAACCAUUCUAAUAGUUUUGUUCAAGUCAAAACUUGGUGGAGUUCAAACGAUAGGACAUUUGACAAAGGGUUUGAAUCCACCAUCAUCAAACAUGUUACAGUUUCGUGGCCCUUUUCUGGCUAUUGCCAUCAAAACUGGCAUUGUAACAGGAAUUUUAUCUCUCACCGAAGGAAUUGCAGUGGGAAGGACAUUUGCAGCAUUGAAGAACUACCAAGUUGAUGGCAACAAAGAAAUGAUGGCCAUUGGUUUCAUGAACAUGGCUGGUUCUUGUUCAUCGUGUUAUGUUACCACAGGGUCAUUUUCCCGUUCUGCUGUAAAUUAUAAUGCUGGAGCACAAACCGUGGUUUCAAAUGUAAUAAUGGCAGCUGCAGUGCUGGUCACUUUGCUGUUUCUCAUGCCAUUGUUCUACUAUACUCCCAGCGUCAUCCUCGGAGCUAUUAUCAUUACUGCAGUGAUUGGCUUAAUUGAUUAUCAGGCAGCAUAUAAACUGUGGAAAGUUGACAAACUCGAUUUUCUGGCUUGCUUAUGUUCCUUUUUCGGAGUUCUCUUCAUCUCCGUACCUCUCGGUCUCGCGAUUGCUGUUGGGGUUUCGGUGUUCAAGAUUCUUUUGCAUGUCACCAGGCCAAAUACCGCUGUUUUGGGGAAUAUUCCUGGCACUCAAAUUUAUCAAAACAUAAACAGAUACAGAGAAGCUUUGAGAGUUCCCUCUUUCCUUAUCCUUGCUGUGGAGGCUCCUUUCUACUUUGUUAAUGCAACUUACCUACAAGAGAGAAUCUUAAGAUGGGUUCGGGAAGAGGAAGAGCGAAUACAGGCCAACAAUGAAAGCACGUUGAAAUGUAUAAUUCUGGAUAUGACAGCCGUGACGGCGAUAGAUACGAGUGGUAUCGACACAAUUUGUGAAGUCAGAAAAGCUCUAGAGAAUCGAUCACUUAAACUUGUGCUGGCUAAUCCCGUUGGAAGUGUGAUGGAAAAGUUGCACCAGUCGAAUAUCUUGGACUCUUUCGGGUUAGAUGGACUGUAUCUAACGGUUGGAGAAGCCGUGGCUGACAUAUCAUCUUCUUGGAAGCCCUAAAAAUAGUUCUAAAAGUUCCCAUUUUUAUCCGGUGUUGUAUCAUUAGUCUUGAGAUGAGCUGAUAUUUUACAGCUGCGAGAAGUAUAAAAUAAUCAAGCUGCUUAUCACAAUUAGUGAGAGAGUUCUUCUACCGAGAAGAGAUUUUGAAAGAGUUAUUUAUUCUCCUCAGAAAUUUUAGAAAAACUCCUCUUGGCUUCUGUAAAGUAGAUGUU